AUGGCCGACCAUGCUUUGGAGAUCCCUGAGAUCAUCCAGACAGCUUCGAUUCAGCAACAUCCUUCUGCUGCCCAUGACAUCAACCCUGCCACAGCGGCCUCGGAAAAACAACCUGUUGUCGUUGCCCCAGCUUCGGAAGCUGGUAGCCUUGCCUCUGACAUUGUCGACGAACACCGAGUAGUCCGACCCCUCCGCCGACACCAGACACUUCCGCCUCUCCCCGAUCUACGCUUUGAGCAAAGCUAUCUAGCUAGCUUGAAGGAUGCUGACACUUGGGGCCGGGUGGCGUGGAUUACCGUGAGAGACCAGGUUCUCCUUCCGCUUAUUCAAGGUACCGUUUGGACACUUGCGCUCUCCGGUUGGAAGUUCUGGAACCGCAACGCCUCUCUUAGUGGACAAACAGUUGGCAGUCGGAUUCGCAGAUGGUGGUACGACGUCAACAACUGGAAGCUUCCUCCCAAGUGGACGAAGAAUACACGAUUGGCAUCGCAGGUUGAAGAAGUGAGUAGCCCACUAUGA